AUGGCUAAUACUGCUGAAGUAAUUGAUUCUGCCCAACCCUUUCUCAACAUCAACAUGAGUAAUGUUAUUAAGCUUACUUCUCUCAACUACAUCACUUGGAGCCUCAAAGUACACUCUCUCCUUGAUGGCUAUGACUUGGUCGGAUAUGUUGAUGGAUCUGUUUCUUCUCCGGCUCAGACAACUGUCUCCAACAAUGCCGCAAUUCAGAAUCCAGACUUUCUCAAAUGGAAGCGACAGGACAAGCUGAUCUACAACGGUCUUCUCGGCACUCUCUCUCCCUCGGUGCAACCUCUGGUUACUACCACAAAAACGGCUGCUGAGAUGUGGCAUACUGUUGCCAACAUCUUUGCCAAACAUAGCAAGGGCCAUAUUCAGCAGUUACGCCUCCAACUCCAACAAUUUUCCAAAGGUGAUAAAACGAUCAAUGAGUAUAUGCAAGGCUUAACUACUCGCUUUGACAAAUUGGCUCUCCUCGGUAAGCCUUUUGAUAUUGAUGAGCAGAUUGAGGCUGUUCUUCGUGGUCUCCCUGAAGACUACAAAUAUGUUGUUGAUCAAGUUGAAGACCGUGAAGUCUCUCCCAAAAUCACUGAAGUUCAUGAAAAACUUCUCAACAAAGAAGCUCAGUUGUUGACCGCUGCUCUUGUUACGCCUUCAUCUGAUCCUCUCUCUGCCAAUAUUGAUACCUCUCACUCUCUUCCUUAUCCACACAAAUCCACACAACAUCACCAUCAACAAUGGAACAAUCGGACCUCCAAUACCUAUCCAGGACAACCGUUCUAA